AACUAAAUUGAACUCCUCACCUUGCUCUAGCUUCCCAGAACUUCCCAGCUUGAAAUUUUGAAGGCCUUGUUUUUCAAAUCUGACGAUGUGAGUGAGGCAUAUCUUUAAUUUGGUGCACACAUAUAUCUUCCAACAGUUCAGUUUCAUUCAUUACUCUCAAACCCCUUUUCUUUUCUUCCAAUCACGAAAUGAAUCCUGCUGAUCUUCCCCAAUGUUCCAUCUUCUUCAUCCUUUUGCUCCUACUUUUCAUUAUAGCAGUUGGCGCCGAUGAUAGAUUCACAGACUGCAGUAACCGCUUCAGCUGUGGAAGCGUCAAUAAUGUUGGCUACCCUUUCUGGGGAGAUAACAGAGCAGAAUACUGUGGUCAGUCUGAUUUCCAACUCGCUUGCCAAAACAAUACUCCAAAGUUGAUCGUCAACUCUGUUACUUAUCGGAUUCUGAGUUUGGAAAUCAAUGAUCAGACACUCACAGUGGCUAGGGAUGACUAUUGGACAACUAUAUGUCCAGCCCAAUACAAAAACACUAGCUUCGAUUCCACCAUGUUCAAGCUUGCUGAAGGGUUUCAUGACAUGGUCUUCUUGUAUGAUUGCAGAAAAAGUUUUAAUGCAAUGACUGUCUUAAUCAAUUCAUCAAGCACAGAGUGCUCCACUAGUAGCGGUGCUGAGAAAGAUGUCUACUACGGGAUUGUAGCUUACGGUAUUGAUUUGACAGAAACUUGCAAAGUGGUUGCUAUUCCUAUAAGGGAUGUCUUCAUUGGUUUGGUGUUUGCCCGUCAAAAGGGAAUUGAAGAAGCAAUAGAUGAAGGUUUUGGAUUAAGAUCGAGCGUAGAUACUGAAGAGUGCGACAAGUGCGUCGAUUCUGGUGGGCAGUGUGGGUAUGAUCAGAAGUUCACAUGUUUCUGCCGCAACGGGGGUCAAGGAACCACGACGUGUUCUUCAUCAUCAGGGAAGCAUCCAGGUAUGGUGAUCUCUCAAAUGUCCAUGAAAAUUCCAAAAAUGGAUCAUUCUCAUCACGCAACAGUGAUUUACAUGUUUCAGAAAGGGUUCGGUGAGAUGGUUUAAACCUAUCUAAAAUAAGUUGAUUACAGAAUAUAGGCCUACUUUGCAUGAACCUAUAGAGAAAUUUGCCUUCUGGCUUAGUUAAGUAGUUACUCCAUUGAUCUUAGAUGUAAGAGCUAAUUGAGAGAUUUGCUUUACUCUAAAUAUAAAACCUUAAUUUACUUUAUCUCAUAAAUUUAUAAUUCUUCUUCUCCCAAACAAUUCUAUUGAUUGCACCUAAAAAAGAGCACUUUCCAAUACAAAUGAUUAAAUUAG